AUGGCAUGCGCAGCCUCAGCUGCAUGCACACAGGUCUUUGACUUUGAUGAUGAGCCUCCAAAAGCCAGGCUGAGUCUCACAGCGGCACAACCGAUUUCCUCUGGAGCGAAACGCCCAAACAGGACCUAUGGCAGAUUCAAGCGUUCCAUUGCGCCGCCUACAGAGACCGAUUUUCGUCCCCGCACUGUCGAGAGUGCCAGGACGAAAUCCACAAAAUCGGCCCAGAAGCGGCCCCUGGAUCGGGUGCGUACCAGUGGAGACGAAGACGACGAUGAAAGUCCACCACGCUACACACUGCAGUUCAUUCCUGCUGAAGACGCUUCUGCAUACCAUUCAGACGUAGGCGCAGGCAGUACGAGCGAACCAAAUGAGCCAGGCGACGCAACUGACGACUCGCCGCAACGCCGAUUUUCCCUCAGUCGAUUGCACAGCCAGCUCAAGCUACCACAGCGAAAGGGUCUGAGACGACCCAAACGGAUCAAGAGAGACUCUCACAAGAGGUCUUUGAGUAUUGAUCCCGAGUUGUGCCAUCCAGGUACAUCGAAUCUUCAAUUUGUCAAUGCAGAUGAAGCGGCAUGGCAGAGACGUGAUUUCACCAGGUCGCAAAAGACGCAGACUCGGUUUUCUCCACAAAUUGCGGAUGAAGUUGCCAUCACGCGGCGUCCAUGUGUGACUUGCGAACCUGAGGGCUUUAGCGACGACGACGCUUACCCUAUCAAUCCUGACACCAGCGAUCGAGAAACAAGUCCAGUUGACCCGCAAUCUGAUGAAUCAGACGAAGAAGAUUCUGGGGCAGAAAAAAUUGUGCCGUCAUCUGUUUUACAGAAGGACUCAGCUCAGAGCAUCCUGCAAAGCCAAGGCAACGCAGCCAAGCGUCUCAAUGAUCGUCACGCACAGCUUCUCACUCGUCGCUUGUCCAGCAGACGAGUUAGUUUUGUUCAAGUGCCAGCAUCACCGAGUCCCAUUCCUCAAGUUCCGCAGGCGAUUUUGCCCGUUGUUGUUGACACGCCCGCGACAGCUGUCCCAGUACGCAAACGAGCAAUCAGUCUGCGACAUGACCGAUUCGUCCCACCAAGCGCUGCUACACCCUCUGUCGAGCCUACUCAGUUCAAUCGACAGGCUAAUGCUGAGACCAACGCCGCAUGA